UUGAUCUUGAAUUUUGUGUGUUUGAGGUUAGGUUAAAGAUAAAGAAAAUUAAUAAUAAAUAUAAAUAUUUUUUCAAUGAAAGUGUUUUAUAAUUAUUAGAAGUUUUGUAAAACUUAUACAUUUGAAAAAGAUAAAUACCUACACAAUGGCAAUGGAGGAACCAGUGCAUCCCUUAACUGACCAAACUCGUUUUGUAAAGGAAUUAUUGGCUUUAUAUAAAGAGUAUCCUGUCCUCUGGGACAAGAAUCAUCCCCAUUAUAGAAAUAGAGCAGAAAGAGGCGAAGCAUUGGAUGUGUUGCUGCAAAAAUGUCGAGAGUUUUUUCCAGAAGCUGAUGAAGAUUUCGUCAAACUUAAAAUCGAUUCUAUGAGAGCUUGCUUCAGGAAGGAAUGGAAUAAAGUUUGUCUUUCUAAAGCAUCUGCUGAGCGGCCAGAAGAUAUACAUAAGCCUAGCCUAUGGUAUUACAAUUUGUUGUUAUAUACUGUUGGAGAAGAAUGUUCUGAUGAUCAAUUUAAAUCUCAAGAAACAUCGAGAGUGUUAUUUUGGAGUAGAGAAUACACAACAGCAUUGAUUAAUUUAUUGAAAAAACAGCCAUAUUUAUAUGCUAGCGAUAAACCUAGUACUUUAGCUAAAAGAAAUGCAGCUAUUAGAAAAAUCACACAAGAUAUGAACACAAUCACUGGAAAAUUAUUUACGGCAGAUGAUAUUCGAAAAAAAAUCCAAUUAUUAAAAGGACAAUAUAGAUAUGAGUGCAGAAGAAUUAAAGAAAGCAAGAGAUCAAAAUCAAAAAAUCCGUACAAACCCAACUUAUGGUGUUUUGAUAUGUUAAACUUUUUGAAAGGGCAUGUACAUAUCUUUAAAAAUAAAUGUUAUUCUUCGAAUAAUUCCGAAAACUCUUUGAGAAGAAGUAAUCGAGUAAAAACAGAUCCUUCUUUAAAUUCGGAUAUUGAUGAUUUUCAAGAUGUCAAAGAAGAGGUUGACACCGAUGAAGAUUUAUAUGAUAUACAAAUGGAGAGAAACGAGUCCCUUAAUGAGACAGAUAUUAGUAAUGAUUUCGACGAUCUGUAUGAUACAAUUGGCAAGAAUGUAGCAAGAAAAUUAAGAGAUAUGACCGAUGAUCAGAGAAUACACGCAGAAAGAUUGAUCAAUGAAGUAAUGUAUCAUGGCCAAAUGGAAAACUUGACUGCUGCUAGUAAAUUAACUAUCCAUGGCUUUUAGGUGGUAUGGUAGGUUGUUUCUAUUUGAUCCUUGAUGUAUUUUUGUAUAUUGCAUCAAUAUACUUUUACAUCUCGAAAGGUUGCUGUUUAAAAAACCUGAGCUUUAAGAAACACUGUACAGUUUUAUGCUUUUAAGUAGUUUUAAAUAUUAAAUUACUGAAACUGACAUUA